ACCUGUGCGUCGUUGCAUGGCCGACCUGGAGACUCGCUCUCCGCAAGGUGAGACGCGCGGACCAAAGAGCAGGCCUCGAAGGAUCGACAGGAAUUCUCGUGAAAGCUGACUCUUCCUCUUUCGCAUGCCCACGAUCGCGCGCGUCCGUGUGCUCUCCUUCGGCCACCACUGUCAAUUCUUCUCUAUCUCCCGCGUCAACUCCAGCUUCUCUCUUCGCAAUACCAACGAGUGAGUGAUCUAUAUUCUUUUCAUUCGUGAGGGAAUCCCCCGACUUUCCACAAAGUGCUCCCGAUACGGAUCCGCCGUAGAAGUGAGAUCAGAUCGUCGUAUUAUUGGUGAAAACACAUCAUUCCUGAACAGAAUUAAAACGCGUGUGCUUAUCCUCGGAUUCAUUGAAGCUUCUAUAGUGGAGAUACCUCAGAUAAGAGUGAGUCUUAAACUCUCAAACAAAUGUUUAUUGGACAUCUUCGUGGAAGUGACUUCAGGACGCGAAAUGCGGAGUCGACACGUUCGUGAUAACGUGUGCUUACGUUAGAGCUGUAGCUUAUCUGGAGCACAUGAAACCGAUCCCUCGUGCAGCCGCGAUUUCAUAUGCGCGUAUCCGCCAAGAGAAGUCUGCAGCUUUCAUCUGCACGUCAAGGUGCCUGACAACUACGAUUGGUGAACUACGAUGUCAAUUGCCUCGCGUUACGAAAUCGAUCGGUAGGAUAUACAAAUCGAUGCAUCCUCUGGAGCUGCUUCGCGAGAUCGUUCGUCGGAAGGUGAACAGUGUGUGUUUUCGCGUUAAAUCAACGAUAAAUUCGAAUGCCUGGUGCGCGUGAGUGUGUACACGUCGCUAACUCAGAAGACUCGCCUCGAAAGUAAACGUUGGAAUUUCCUUUCGGAGUCUCUGCCAAGAAACAAUCACGUUCGUUUCGCCUUGGAUUUAUCUCACAGGCUACAUGAAUGUUAAGCUGAGACACUCAUGACAACUUUAAUGCCAGACAUGUGACAUGCACGGUGAAGAAGGGAGAGCGAUGGCAGCGGCGGAAACAGUACUCCGAAGUUCCUCCGAUCUUCUCCUUGUUCGUGACAAUCGGCGAGUCCACGAAGCAGAAGAGGGAAUCUUCACUCGGGUCACCUUGGCAAGGCCUACGGGUUCGUGAAGGGCAUGAAAGCUCAUCAUGUUCAACCACCGACACGGGCCACGAGCGCUGUUGACCUGCAACUUCCUCGGCGUCACAUUCCUCCUACUGAUCGUCGCCGGUAGCUACGAUGCGUUAAUUCAACCGAGUACUACAGAUGUCAAUUCAACCGAGUUCGUCAAAGGGAAAAUUUGCAUCGGUACAAAUGGCCGUCUUUCCGUGCCGUCCAACAAACAACAUCACUACCGGAAUCUUCGAGACCGGUACACCAACUGUACUUACGUCGAUGGCAACCUGGAGAUCACAUGGCUCCAGAACAAGUCCUUCGACCUCAGCUUCCUUCAAUACAUACGGGAGGUCACCGGCUACGUGCUCAUCAGUCACGUGGACGUGCCCAGGAUCAUCCUCCCGAGCCUACAGAUCAUCCGUGGCAGGACCCUUUUUAAGCUCAAUAUUCACGACCACGAGUUCGCCCUCUUCGUUACAAUGUGUCAAAUGCACAACCUGGAGAUGCCGUCCCUCAGAGAUAUACUCAACGGGAGCGUGGGCAUGUACAACAACUACAACCUCUGCCACAUCAAGACUAUCAAUUGGGAGGAAAUAAUCACAGGCCAGGGGGGACGGUAUUUUUACGUAUAUAAUUUUACGUCGCCGGAACGCGCGUGUCCGGCGUGCGACGAGAGUUGCACGCAGGGCUGCUGGGGCGAAGGUCCGGAGAACUGUCAGAAGUUCUCCAAGACGAACUGUUCGCCUCAGUGCUGGCAGGGCAGGUGCUUCGGUCCUAAUCCACGCGAAUGUUGUCAUCUUUUUUGCGCGGGCGGUUGUACCGGCCCCAAACAGAGCGACUGUCUCGCCUGUAAGAAUUUCUUCGACGACGGCGUUUGCACGCAGGAGUGCCCUCCUAUGCAAAAAUACAAUCCAACGACAUAUUCGUGGGAAGCCAAUCCCGACGGGAAGUACGCGUACGGGGCGACCUGUGUGAGACGAUGUCCGGAGCAUCUCUUGAAGGACAACGGUGCAUGCGUGAGAGCCUGUCCGCCGAAGAAGAAGGCGGUGAACGGCGAGUGCGUUCCCUGCGACGGUCCUUGCCCGAAGACCUGCAAGGGCGUGGAGAAGAGCGUGCAUUCCGGUAACAUCGACACCUUCAAGGAUUGCACGAUUAUCGAAGGAUCCAUCACGAUUCUGGAUCAGAGCUUCGAGGGUUUUCAGCACGUUUUUUCAAACUACACGUUCGGCAAACGAUACGAAAGGAUGCAUCCUGACAGCUUAGAGGUUUUCAAAACGCUGAAAGAAAUCACGGGCUACCUCAAUAUUCAGGGGGCUCACGAGGAUUUCAAAAACCUUUCGUACUUUCGUAAUCUCGAGGUGAUUGGCGGUAGAACGCUCACGGAGUAUUUCGCGUCGUUGUACAUCGUCAAGACCUCCCUGGUGUCCUUCGGUCUCAGUUCCUUGAAGAAGAUUUAUUCCGGCUCGAUCGCUAUUCUGGAGAACAAAGAUCUGUGUUACGCGCAAAGCAUCAAUUGGAACGGCAUCAAGAAAUCGUCUGAGCACGAAAGCCUCUUGUCGAAUAAUCGAAACGAGUCUGAGUGCAUUGCGGAUGGCCUCGUAUGCGACAAGCAGUGCUCGAACGAAGGAUGUUGGGGACCGGGACCAGCACAGUGUUUGUCGUGCAAGAACUUCAUUCUAGAAACCGACUGUGUUGAAGAUUGCACCGCGCCAGGAAUUUAUCAGGCGGACGAAAAGACCUGUAAGAUGUGCCACGAAGAAUGCGACGGCUCCUGCACCGGGCCUAAUGCCGACCAAUGCAACAAGUGCAAACACGUGCGGGACGGGCCGUUCUGUGUGUCCGAGUGCCCGUCCUCGAAGUACAACGACAACGGCCAAUGUAAACACUGCCACGAGAACUGCGUAGGCGGUUGCAGGGGACCGGAGAACAACAUAAGCGCCAACGGAUGUCAUAGUUGCGAAAAGGCAAUUGUGAACGGCAAAGUCCCAAUGGGAUGUUUGCAUAAGACAGAAUCGUGUCCUGAAAGUCAUUAUUACGAGUUAUAUAGUUCGGAUUCAGAGCCAGAAGACGACCCUUUAAAAAUUCUCGUCGGAAAAGGCGUCUGUCAGAAGUGCCAUCCACGUUGCAAGAGGUGCACAAAUUACGGCUUCCACGAACAAAUGUGUCAAGAAUGCGCCAAGUAUAAGAGAGGAGAGCAAUGCGAGGACGAGUGUCCGGCUGAUCAUUUCGCGGAUGCUGACACGCAGCUAUGCAUACCGUGCUUCGAAGAGUGCCGAGGAUGCUUUGGGCCAGAGCCUAAUCAGUGUUACAAAUGCCGGAAUUAUAAAGUUUAUAUUGACAGGAUAAACGGCUCUGAUGAAAAUACAACAUCUUUCAACUGCACGGAGACUUGCCCGCCGGAAUAUCCUCACAAGAUCUUUCCCCCCGACAGCGAACCGUACUGUUCCGUGGAGACAAUAGGCCUUGGCUAUCAGAUGGAAAAUGAUUUUCAUCCCGCCGUUUUGGGCGGCAUUGGAAUCGUAUUUGUGGUGUUUGUUGUCGUCAUCAUUGCGUUGCUGUACUUCUGGCGAAUAAGAACGAAAGCUAAGGAGAACACGGUGAAGAUGACGAUGGCUUUGACCGGCCUGGACGACAACGAACCGCUUCGGCCGACGGGGAUGAAACCAAAUCUUGCCAAACUACGAAUCAUCAAGGAGGAAGAGAUGAGAAAGGGCGGUAUAUUGGGCUUCGGUGCUUUCGGCGAUGUGUUCAAGGGCGUCUGGGUGCCCGAAGGGGAGAACGUAAAGAUCCCAGUCGCUAUAAAGGUCCUCCAGAAUGGCACGGGUGCGAACACGUCCAAAGAAUUUCUCGACGAGGCUUACAUCAUGGCCAGCGUCGAGCAUCCGAAUCUACUGCAGUUACUCGCGGUGUGCAUGACGUCGCAGAUGAUGUUGGUGACCCAGCUGAUGCCUCUGGGCUGCCUGCUGGACUUCGUGCGCAAGUUCAAGGAUAAAAUCGGCUCGAAGCCGUUGUUAAAUUGGUGCACGCAAAUCGCCAGGGGUAUGGCCUACCUGGAGGAGAGGCGAUUGGUCCACCGGGAUUUGGCAGCGCGAAAUGUCCUCGUCCAAACUCCGAACUGCGUGAAGAUCACCGACUUCGGUCUCGCUAAAUUGUUGGACAUCAACGAGGAGCAGUAUAAAGCCGCGGGUGGGAAGAUGCCAAUCAAGUGGCUGGCAUUGGAAUGCAUUCAGCAUAGGGUAUUUACUCACAAGUCGGACGUGUGGGCGUUCGGAGUGACCAUCUGGGAGGUUCUCACCUACGGUGGUAGACCGUACGAAAACGUUUCCGCUCGUAACGUGCCGGAGCUGUUGGAAAAGGGCGAAAGAUUACCGCAACCCGCGAUUUGCACAAUUGAUGUAUAUAUGAUUAUGAUUAAGUGUUGGAUGCUUGAUGCUGAGACCAGGCCUCACUUCAAGGAUCUGGCAGAGGACUUCGCGAAAAUGUCAAGAGAUCCUGGUCGAUAUCUUGCCAUUAAAGGAGAUAAAUACAUGAGACUGCCUUCGUAUAUACUACAGAACGAAAAGGAGAUGAUACGAAACCUCGCAUCAGCGAUGGACGGUCCUGAAGCCCUGCUGGAUGCUGGCGAGUAUCUGCAACCUAAAUCGCGGGCUCCACUUCCGCCCGCGAUUUCCGCGUCAAGCGCUUCCGGAUGCUCGCCACCGAAUACACCGGUGAAGUCGUGCUGGCCGAACGGCAAGCCGCUCGCCGCUGAUUCUCCGACGCCGCAAAAUCAGCAAAACUGGGACCGAGAGCUCCUGAGGUACGGCGGAAAUCAUGAGAGCGGAAACGCGUCGCACGAGGCCGGCAAUUCCGGCCAGCACGCGCAUUACGCGCAUCCCAAUGGUCACUGCGGACACGUCGCAGUGCCGGAUAGCUCGAAUUCGAGAUAUUGCUCAGAUCCGUUGAAGAUGGUCGGUGUUAGAGAUUGCGACGUCACGGACGAUUGUUUCGAUACGAAAGUGAACAUCGUCCAACAGCAAGCUCAAGUGGGUAACUUGAAACUGGACUUGCCGAUAGACGAGAAUGACUAUCUCGUACCGACGCCACAGCCGUCAGUCAACGCGACACAAUAUAUAGAUCUCAUCGGGGACUCUAAAUCAACAGAACCCGAAACAAAGCGGUUGAACAAUGGCUUCCGGAAAUAUCCAGACUUCCUGACAAUUCAAGGGAAGACGUCGCUGGACAAUCCGGAGUACAUAAUGUCGCAGGACGAGGGUCCGCUCACGCCGCAGACUUUGGGUAUCCCCACACCGGACUUGGAAAAAGUUCUGCCAAAUGGCGUAUUUGGGUCUCAAAUUAGGCAACGAAGUUCCGAAGAGGAAUCGGAUCACGAAUAUUACAACGAUUUCGAUCGGUUGGAACGGGAAUUGCAGCCGUUGAAGCCUUUCAGAAAGAACGAAACAACGGUGUGAUUUUAGUGUGAUGCUAUUGAGGAUAUACGAGAAAGACUCAAGAUUCUGAUAUGAUCACGAAUGGUCAUAUCAGUGAAGCUUUUAUUGGGAUAAAAGAUGAAUCUUGAAGGGAAAAUAGAAAAGCAUUGAAAUGCUUCCUCAUUAAGCAUCAUCCGACCGCAUCAUAGUUACUCAAUUUCCGAGUACAGGACCCAUUGUACUUAUAAAGGACACUUCGCUCAAGUGCCGCGCUUGAUUGUGAUUAGAACUAAGAGAUUCGUGCGUAUCACGAGGUAUAAGUAUAAAAACGAAAGAGACUAUAAUGACAUAUACCGGAAAUAAGAAUCGCGCGACGGCGAUACUCGCGAACAAGUAGUGCAAAGAUAUUCUUAAUGUGCCAUUUGUGGCUUGUAAAUAAAUUACUUUUCGUACUAGUUUUUCGACGAUACAAGAAACAUCCUAGGACUUAAUUCGCAGCGACAGCAACGCUAAUAUCGCAACGUCAAUAUCGUCCUUGCUUAAUAGCUUUUCUUCAGGCAUGUAUUAAGAUAUUUUGGGUCUUUUCGAACUUAGUUUUUUCGAAAUUAGUUUUUAUAUACAUAAAAUGGUUGAAAAUGUCGAAAACGAUACAUAUAAAUGGUUUCACUUCUUUGACUAAAUUUGCUCUACAUUUAUCUUUGCAAUAAUGACUCAGUUAUUAUAGUUCAAAUUUAUUAUAUUGAUUUUUAUAAUCUUCAUAGACAUAAAAUUGAUCUUAUUUUAUUAUUCAUUCUUGCAAAGAUAUCUAUACGCCUUAAGAACGUAUAUUUACAAUGACGAUAUCUGUUUGUUAAUAAACUUUAUUAAAUAUGCGGAUCAAUGUUUUCAUGUAAGCAAAUUUUAUAAUUGACAGAUUAUAAUGCAAAGAAAAAAUUCUAUUGUAAAAAAAAUUAUAUUGCAAAGUAUCGAAAAAUUAAAAUUGUCUACAGCAAUCACUCGCGAACUUUGAAGAGAUUCAUGGUUGUUGUUGAAACUUUAAUGGCAAAAAACGGUUUUAGGCAUUUAAUAGCGGAAUACUGGAAAUGUAUUGAAAAAUCGUUCAAUACAUUUUAUACAGAUAUACGAUCUGUUUUAACAUUUUUUUAUUUUAUUUCUUUUGUUAAAUGCAGAACA